AUGGUACAGAAAACGUAUUCGUAUCCCGUAAUUAAUUACAGAUAUGCGGAAAAAACUCAAGGCAAGAAUAAGGCGCGUAAGACAUUCGAUAAACCUUCGUUUCACUUCUACAAAAUCUCUGUGGUUGGAUUAACUCAAGGGGGAACUAUUCCUACUGAAGGUGGACUUAUAUCAAGCGCAUUAUUGACUCUGAACUAG